AUGGCUCCUCAAUAUAUUGCAAGUUUUGAUGAGAAGGAUAUAGCAGCUGCUGUAAGGACAUUGCUCGACGAUAGAGUUGAGCAGGUGCUGAAAGGGCUUUGCUUGAAACAUAGCGGAACAUGUGUUCCAACAACUGCUACUUGUUUGGAUGGGCUUCCGACAGCUCUAAAAAGAGUUGGAAAUGGUGCAUUGAUGUUGUAUAGGCUUGGCAUGAGAGCUUGCGUUGGUGAAUCAAGAUACAACUAG